AUGGAUCUGCCGCGCGAUGUUCGAACGUUCAAUCGAAACGUUAGCGCGAGCUCCACUGUCUCGUGUUCGUCACUCGCCAUGGAGAUAAAGAGAAAGAAAACAAGAGGAAGCGCAUCGUUGUUACAGAAUGAGGAUUGUGAUGUACAAGAGAAGAUGGACUUUGAGUUGAGAAUGAGAGCUGGUGCCUACAAGCUUCUGAUGGCCAGCACCAACAGAGUGCAGGUUCUCGACGCAGCCAAGAUCCUGUUCACCUGCAGUGCCAGAAUCAAAGCCUACCUGACCGAAGCCCAGCAGCAGAGGGAGCGGCUGGACGCAGCUGCAAGCCUUGGCAGGAGGUCCUUGGAGUUUCAGAAUCGAGUGCCUUGUAAGGGGAAGGUAGCCAUAUCUGGUCUGCGAAUCCCACUUUUUUGGAAGGAUUCUGAACAUUUCAGCAGGAAAGGCAGCUCUCAACGGGUGGCGAUCUUCUGUUUAAUGAAAAUUGGAUCUGAGAUAUUUGACACAGAGAUGGUGAUCGUAGAUCGCUCGGUGACGGAUGUGUGUUUUGAGAGCAUAACUAUUUUCUCUGAGGCUAAACCAGACUUUGAGCUGUCACUGGAGCUGUACAGUUGUGCAGUAGAAGAGGAUGCCUCUGUGGUCAACACACCAAAGAAACUGGCCAGGAAGCUGCGCUCCUCUUUUGGCAAAACAUCUGGGAAGAAACUCUGCCCCCUCCUGGACAGUGGAGAUCCGGAGUCCUUUUUCCAGUCCAACCCGAUACCUCCUGGAGCUCAGUAUUCACUUCUGGCAUACACAACCCUGCGUCUAGAGCAAGCAGAGGGCUCUUUCCAAUCUCACUCACUGAUAGUCUUACUGAAUGGGGAAGGAUCAUCAUGGCUGCCUCUCUAUGGGAACCUGUGCUGUCAGCUGGUGGUCCAGCCUGACUGCAUGAUACAGGACAUGAUGAGCGGCUACCUCAGCCAGCAGCAAAGUAUCGAGGGUCAUCAGCGCUGCUGCAGGCUGUACUGCGUGUUGAAGGCCGGCCUGCUCUCUUGCUAUUUCACUCCCGAGGAAAUCGAAGCCAAGCUGGAGCCCAGUGUCAUCAUCCCCAUAAACAAGGAUACUCGCAUUCGAGUGGUGGAGGGUCAUCAGAACAGUAGUGCUAGACUGAGCCUGAUCAAUCCAGGGAUGGGAGACCCUUCAAGCUACAUAUUCACAGCCGACACACCAGAGCUACUGCAGAACUGGCUCAACGUACUCUGGCAACACCUCUAUGAUCAGAGUCAAUGGCAGCACACCUGUGACAAGCUGAUGGAGAUUGAAGUUGUAUCACCACAGAAGCCCCCACUUUUCCUCACCAAACAAGCCAACUCCGUUUACAAUGACAUAAGCAUUGGCUCACCAGGGAAAUUUGAGAGUCUGACAGACAUAAUUCACAAUAAGAUUGAGGAAACAGAUGGGUGCUUUCUCAUUGGUCGGGAAGAAGAAAAAGAGCCACCUCACUGGGCAGCAAUGUUUGAGGGGUCUCGACCAAUGGUGGUGCAAAAAACCGUGUUGUCACCAGGUAAAGAGAGUGUCCAGUCCACUUCCAGUCCAGUCUUGAACAGCACCAAGAAGCGAAGAGCCCCUCCCCCUCCCCCUGAUAAAUCACCAUGUCUUCAACUUGUCCCUGUUCCGUCCUGCCAGGAGAAGGAAAACCCGCGGAAAAGCAGGAGCCUGCGGGCAGGGCGUCCUUCACUCGAUACGAAGUUCUCUGCCAUUAUUCAGCAGUUACAGAAGAGCCAAGCUCAGGCUCGCAGAAACCCACCUUUAGCCCAGAUCGAGCCCUCUCAAAACUCUUGCGCUGCAAAAAGUAAGGACAUGCAACUUGACCUGACUGAACAGCAAAGUAAAAUGGUGGCCCAGGUUCCUCAGCACCCCAUCCCUGCUCCCAGGAGCAGACUGAGAAAGUCCUUUAGAGACAAGAUGAAUCCCAAAGCCUGGUGAGAUGGUUUCAUUCCAGAUGUCACAUCUUAAGCACUGUCAGCCAUGCAGACAGAAUACACUUAUUCUUGUCCCCGUCGGUUUCAGCACUACAGUUUUAGUAAUCAGAGCUGUCUAAUUCUGGUAAACUUCCAAAUGUUUCGUAAGGAGAGCCCAGUCCUGCAGUAAUCUUUAACAACCAUGGACUGAAUAACACAACUGGUGUGUAUCUCAUAGCAGCUAAUAUGAUGGUCUUCAGAUCUAACAGAUUAACAUACUGUGAAUUAUGCAUAUAAAAAUAUCCUUCACUUGCAGUUUCAACAAGUAAAUAACCACUAGACUAUACGCACUUUUGAUAAGGAGCUUGGUGGGGUGAGAAUGGCCAUUGGGUGACUGCAGAACUGUAAAUCUCUUUGUUUUUAUUGUUCAGAGUAUAACGUGCAUGAACCUUUUAUAGUUUACACUAAAUCACCGAAACUACAUUAUAUGUAAUGUGGAAAUCUGAGAUGGUGGAUUAUAUGAGCAAUAGGCAGUUAUUAGGAAACUCAUUGAAAAAGUAACUGGUCAGGAAAUUUUAUU